AUGGCCUUCUUUCUCUCUUCUUCUUCUACCUUCGUUCAUCCCCAACUCCAGCCUAUUGUAGCCAAAAUGACUCUCCUUGACACCUUGUUGUUCUAUGUUAUUCAUUUUGUGGACAAGCUGGGAAUAUGGCACAGACUACCAGUUUUGAUGGGACUUGCUUACUUGGGUAUCAGAAGGCACUUGCACCAGCGUUACAAUCUUUCGCAUGUAGGAAGAAUCAACGGUCAGAAAUACGAUACCGAAAGACUGUCCUAUCGAACGGCUGAUGGGACAUGCAAUCACCCUCAUGAUCAUUUGGUCGGGAGCCAAGGAACCUGUUUCGGUCGCAACAUGCCUCCCUCAACCUCACCCUAUGGGUUGCUGGAGCCUCACCCUGCAAUUGUAGCCUCCAAGCUUUUGGCCAGGAAGAAAUUCGUAGACAAUGGGAAGCAGUUCAACAUGAUAGCCUGUUCAUGGAUACAAUUCAUGAUUCAUGAUUGGGUUGAUCAUUUGGAGGACACUGAGCAGGUGGAAAUUAAAGCUCCUGAAGAAAUUGCAACAGGGUGCCCUCUGAAAUCAUUCAAGUUUUAUAAGACCAAGAAAGUUCCCACGGCUUCAACUUCUUCAGACUCGGAUUGCUUGAAUGCAAGGACUCCCUGGUGGGAUGGGAGUGUAAUUUAUGGGAAUAACAUGGAGGGCAUGCAAAGAGUAAGGACAUUCAAAGAUGGAAAGUUGAAGAUCUCAGGAGACGGCCUUCUAGAGCACGAUGAGAAUGGCAUUCCUAUCUCCGGCGAUGUUCGAAAUUGCUGGGCUGGCUUCUCCCUCCUGCAAGCAUUAUUUGUCAAAGAACAUAAUGCUGUAUGUGAUAUGCUAAAAGUACAUUACCCUGAUUUGGAUGAUGAGAAGCUGUACAGGCAUGCAAGACUGGUCACUUCAGCUGUCAUUGCUAAAAUCCACACAAUUGAUUGGACUGUAGAGCUCUUAAAGACUGAUACUCUUCUGGCAGGGAUGAGGAUCAACUGGUAUGGAUUUCUGGGGAAGAGAUUUAAAGAUUUACAUGGACAUAUUUUAGGACCAAUACUUAGUGGAUUGGUUGGCCUAAAGAAGCCGAGAGAUCAUGGAGUUCCCUAUUCGCUGACCGAAGAGUUUGUAAGUGUGUACAGAAUGCAUGCCCUGCUACCAGAUAAACUCAUCCUUAGGGACAUUGAGUCAACAGCUUCAGAAGACAAAUGUCCUCCAAUACUAGAAGAGGUACUUAUGAGAGAUAUGGCGGGUAAGGAGGGAGAACGAAGACUGUCGACAAUUGGAAUGGAGCAGAUGCUCGUAUCGAUGGGUCACCAGGCAUGUGGAGCUGUCACAUUAUGGAAUUAUCCAUCAUGGAUGAGGAACCUCAUUGCACAUGAUGUUAAUGGAGAAGAUAGAGCCGAUCCAGUUGAUAUGGCUGCAUUAGAAAUUUAUAGAGACAGAGAGAGAGGAGUUGCCCGGUACAACGAGUUCAGAAGGAACCUGCUGAUGAUUCCUAUUAACAAGUGGGAAGAUUUGACGGAUGACAAAGAAGUUGUUGAGGCUCUGAAGGAGGUGUAUGGAGAUGAUGUUGAGAAGCUUGAUUUGCAAGUGGGUCUACAUGCAGAGAAGAAGAUAAAGGGCUUUGCCAUUAGUGAGACAGCUUUCUUCAUCUUUCUACUUAUUGCAUCAAGGAGGCUAGAAGCUGAUCGUUUCUUCACAACCAAUUUCAACUCCAAAACAUACACAGAGAAAGGCCUUGAAUGGGUUAACAAGACAGAGACUUUGAAGGAUGUGAUUGAUAGGCAUUUCCCUGAUAUGACAAGAAGAUGGAUGAAGUGUUCAAGUGCUUUUUCAGUAUGGGAUUGGGAGCCAAACCCAGAAAGCUAUGUACCCUUAUAUUUGAGACCAGCUCCAUAA